AUGAGCUUAACCGGCGUUUUUGAGACCGCGACUGGUGAGACGAAGGCCGCCUUUGGAAAUACGGUGGAUGGUGGUAUAAAUGUCCUUAAUGGCUCGGUUGGUGGAGCCGAGAUGGUGCUGGAUAAAGCACUUGGCGGGGCCGAAGAUGCGCUGGCCCUUGGCAAGACUCUUCAGGUCAGUGUAGCCAACCAGGUUACCGGCUUUGCCACAGGGUUAAUCGUUGGAUCACUGAAAGCGUUUCUUUUUACGUUUAGUGGACUGUUUAACAUGCGAUAUAUUUUCCUUUUAGGGGGCACAAUCUUUGUUGCUUCGAAGUUUAUUUAG